UUGUCACCCGCGCCUAUUAUUUUGUCACCCACGGCUAUUACAACUAAAAAAAAAUUGACGAGUGAGGAAAAAGUGACAGAUGCGUCAGAAAAAGUUGCCCGCAUUUUAUGAAUUAUAUUUUGCCGUCGGAGCAAAACGGGACAGAUUCGCUCAUCGCUACUUCUUACCACCAAAGAGGGACUGGACCUGUCUAGUGGCGAUGAGCUGAUCUGUCCCGUUUCACUUCGACAAAAACUUGCGAAACUGUGGGCAAAAUCCACGAAACGGCGAAAAUUUAGUGGGUCAACAAAAAAUGAUGGACGCAAAUUUUUAUGCACCGAAUUUUGAUGCCCAUUUCGCUAAAUAAUCCGUGGAAACGUGGAAAUUCGCCGUGAAUCCAUGCCUGCCGCCGAAUUAUUUCACCCAUCACUAGUAAUAAAUCUACAUGCACUGUAUUGCCAGUAAUGGGGCACUGAGACCGUUGCCUGCCAGCUGAUUGGCUCCUUUAGUUUAUUAGUCCAAUAACCACAUCCCAAGCUUUUUUCCCACAAUCCCCGUCACUCUCUCAUUGUGACUCAGCACGAGCCGCUCGCUGGAGGAAUCUGUGCCGGACUGACAGUCACCAGUUAGAGACUGUUUUUUUUGUUUUUUUUUUAAAAACUGAAAAUCCAGUUGCCGUUUCCAUCCAAUCCUGAAAAUGUCUGGCUACACCCUGACCUAUUACCCUGUGAGAGGAAGGGCUGAAGCUAUCCGGCUACUGUUGGCGGAUCAGGACAUUCCCUGGGAAGAGGAUGAAGUGCAGUGGCAGGACUGGUGCUCAGGGAACCACGAUGAAAGGAAAAAGGCGGUGUUUGGUCGGCUGCCUCAGUUUCAGAAUGGAGAUUUUGUCCUGUGUCAGAGUAACAGUAUCCUGAGGUAUCUGGCUCAUAAACAUGGACUGACUGGAGACAACGAUGAAGAAAGUGCUCACAUAGACAUGGUGAACGACAGUGUGGAGGACCUGAGAAAGAAAUAUGGGCGUUUUAUCUACUUUACAUGUCAGGAAAAAGGUAAAGGGAAAUACCUUGAGGCCCUUCCCCAGCAGCUGGAGUUCUUCGAGAGGGUCCUUUCUAAAAAUCACAACGGAUCUAAAUUUGUUGUGGGACAGAAGAUAUCCUAUGCUGAUUACAACCUCGUGGAUCUACUACAAUGUCACCUUGAUUUGUCUCCAGAGUGCCUUUCUGCCUUCCCUUUGCUCAGGGCCUAUCUUGAAAGACUUGUUUCCCAGCCAACCCUCAGCGACUACUUGAAUUCCGAUGCCCGGAAGAGACGGCCCAUCACCCUCAAGCACAAAAUGGCCGAGAGUGAGAAAUAAUGUUUAUUCUUUAUUUUACUUGCAAUGUCUCAAUGCAAUGUACCUAAAAACCACAUGUAUUCAAAUAAAUACCAUAUACAGUACAAUCAA